GUUCCCCUCCAGCCCCGAGCCAGGAGCAGCUCUCAAUACCGGGUGAGGCACGGAGCACUUGAGCUAUUUCAGCCGCAUGAAAAGCAUCGGAACUGAGAUCGCAGCUCAGAGGACACCGGGCGUCCCUUCCACUCACUGAGGAGCUUUGUAUUCUUGCACCUGGCUGCCUGGAACUUUCCUCAGGCAGGAAGCAAGUACAUAAAGCAGGGAUAAGACCUUGUCGAUAUGUCGAAACAGCCAGUUUCCAAUGUCAGAUCCAUCCAGGCAAAUAUCAAUAUCCCAAUGGGAGCCUUUCGGCCAGGAGCUGGGCAACCCCCCAGAAGAAAAGAAUGUACUCCGGAAAUGGAGGAGGGUGCUCCUCCCACUUUGGAUGAGGAGAAGAAGCCAAUUCCAGGAGCUAAGAAACUUCCAGGACCUGCGGUCAACCUAUCUGAGAUCCAGAAUAUUAAAAGUGAACUGAAGUAUGUCCCCAAAGCUGAACAGUAGUUGGAAGAAAAAAGGAUCCUCUUUGAAACAGCCAUCUUCUAAGAAGGACACCAACCAGAAAGAAACCUCUUAUUCUCUAUCCCUUUUCAAACAGUUAAAAAACAACAAGGCUUGUCAUCUCUGAUCAACGUAACUAUCAGGAGACAGGACGACUUUCUCCCUGCCUGACCUAUUUUGCCUAAUGGGGCCCACUCCUUCGCCCUCUGACAAGCUACCUUCUCUCCUGAGUUCCAUUUAUAGUAGGGCUUUAUUAAUGGUUAAAUCAUUAGGAAUGGGUCCUUCUUCCUCCCAAGGCUUAUUUCCCCUGUUCAAUAAAUUAAGCCACGGGAUCGGAGAAACUGUCCAUUUCUGCUUUGUUUAAGCUCAGAUUCUUCCUAGCCCACAAAAUACUGCGCACUGCCAGGUGAGAGCCCGCCUGGCAGUCUGUGGUCACUUGUGAUUUGUCUCGUAUUUAGUUCUCCAAGUAAAGUGGGAGGCCCGUGGGAAUUUUCCUAAGCCCCUGCUGGAAGUCUGAGAUCUGGAGCAGAGAUCCUUCGGUGGGGAGUCCCUGGGCCUUUGCUGAUGGUGAGGGGCUGCCUUUCUCAAUCCUCAGGCGAGAGCCCUUGGAUAAGUGCUGUGAGUUUCUGAAAUGUUUGACCCCUCUUUCACCUUGAAAGAAGGUUUGCAAACUCCAUUCAUCCACCAUGCUUGUUGCUGCCACGCACAUGACCUCACCGAACAAUCGGAGCACUAAUAGCCCACAGCUGUCAGAGUGACCUCUGCCCUUCACUCCUUAAAGCCUUUUCUCCCUUGUUUUUCGUCACCAGAGCCCUGCAGUAAACAGGUUUUUUUAAAAAGUAAAAACACAAAAGUGAUCAUGUCACGGCCCUGCAGAACAGGCCUCAGUGGCUCCCCACUGCCCCCAGGGCCUGCACUAACUGGCUCAGACGCACCAGGUUCUCCCAACUGGCAUUUCUGCCCACCCAGGGCAUCCCUUGCUCCAAGCCAGUUCAGGGAGGUGUCAUGCUGACUCUAGGCCUUUAUACAUGCUCAGAAUAUUAUUUUCCAAUCUCUCUCCUCCCCUACCCAUGAGCGGGCUAACUCCUACCCAUCAUUCAGGUCUCAGUUUAAAUACAAUUUUGGAAAAGCCUUUCCAUAGCCCCUUAAACUGGAUAAAGCAUCCACAGCUGCCUUUGUCCCAUCACAGCUGCACCCAUCACCAUGGAGGAAUAGAUUGCCAUCACUUA